UUCUAAACCAGUCAAUUUCAUUUCCUUUAGCCAGAUUUUUUCUUGUCAUUUUGCUGCCAAACCCUAACAGUUUGCUCUGAUAGUCUGAUAUUCGAUCUUAUUCCAGAGCACUUGCUAAUCCGAUUCGUUAUUCAAAGCUUUUACUGGGAUAAAUAGAGAGUCCAGGAGGUCGUUAUUGCAGGUACGGAAGGUUUUGUAUUUGAUAUUUGAAGAGAUUGGAUACCUUGAUGUAGCUGCUAUGUGCUGCAUAUUUUCUUGAAUUUAAAAGUAGCAGGACACGUUUAGAUGACCAGUAGCCAAGGAGGGAGCAAGGGAUUUCAACAGGUGAAUAAUCACGUGAAAGCUGAACGUCAGAGAGAUGUGAAUGGAUUUGUGGGCAAUGGACCGGGUUCACAAGCACGUGACAAACUGGCGGGAACUCGUAAAGUUGAUGAAAAUGGGCAAGACGAAUGCCAGGUGGCAGGGCAGGGGAAUGCUGCUGUUCAAGCACCUCAGCAACAGCCUCAAGGGUCACUGGUUCACUGGGAGAAGUUUCUUCAUGUUAGAUCCAUUAAGGUCAUGUUGGUCGAAAAUGAUGAUUGUACUCGUCACAUUGUCACUGCUUUGCUCCGCAAUUGUAACUAUGAAGUUAUUGAAGCAGCCAAUGGAUUACAAGCCUGGAAGAUUCUGGAAAAUCUAUCCGUUCACAUUGACAUUGUUUUAACUGAAGUAGUCAUGCCUUUUCUUUCAGGAAUCGGUCUUCUAUGCAAAAUUAUGAGCCACAAGUCACGCAAAAACGUCCCUGUGAUUAUGAUGUCUUCUCAUGAUUCAAUGGGUUUAGUUUUUAAGUGUUUAUCCAAAGGUGCGGUAGACUUUUUGGUGAAGCCUAUUCGUAAAAACGAGCUUAAAAUUCUUUGGCAGCACGUCUGGAGGAGGUGUCAAAGUUCUAGUGGUAGCGGGAGCGAAAGUGGCACGCAUGCCCAAAAAUCUGUAAACUCGAAAAGCAACUUAAGGCGCAACAACAGUGGUGGGAAAGACGGGGAUGACGACGGGAGCACUGAUGGUGGUAGCGAUGAUGGCAGUGGCUCUCAGCAGAGCUCUUGGACAAAACAAGGUGAUGAACCAGAGAGCCCAGAAGCUGCAUCUCCAUGCGACCAAAUAACCGAGCAUCCAGACAGUACUUGUGGUCUAGUUAUACGCCCAAGAAGGCAUGUUAACGAUCAGCAAGGACAAUCUUGUUCGGAUGACGAUGCAAAAGCUAAAGCUAAAGAAACUGCAAUAAACAUAUCUAGAGACACAGAAAUGCAGAUCGAGUUUCAAAUUGAGAAACCUAUAAAAUUGUCUGAUCCUCACAUGGAAAAUGGAGAAAUCAAGGGUCAAGAAGAGUGUGACAAGAUUAUGGAUACAAAUACUAAGGUUAUUGAUGAUUUUAAUGAAGUAGUAAUGGGUGAGCAUGGCUUAAAGAGGCCCCGUGCAACUGAAAAAGACGAGAGGACACUUCAAAAUGGGUGUAAUAUUCUGAGACAUUCACAGCUUUCAGCCUUCACGAGAUACAACACGAACUCGAAUGUUGUAAAGUGUACACCUGGAAUUGUCGGUAGCUGCUCUCAACCUGAUAAUAGAACUAGUAUUUUGAAGAAAGAAUCUAAUCAUGAUGCUCAUUCUGAUGGAUAUCUCAUUUAUCAAGGCUCUUGUGAGCAAGUAACACCAAGGAAAGCUGAUGCCACCACACCUAGUGACGUUUUGCAUCAAGAUCUCCACGUUCAACACAUACAUCAUCAUCACCAUGUUCAUCAUUACCAUAACAUAGCAACCGAUCAACCGUUAUUGUCCAAACAUGAUGAUUUCGGUUUAAGCAAGUUAGCCGCAGACGCUCCGCAUUGUGGGUCAUCAAAUAUCAAGGGCGGGGCUGUUGAAUGUAACGUUGAAAAUAAUAGUAUAGACAGAAGUGGCUCAGGUAGCAAGCAUGGAAGCAAUGUGCCUAAUGGCAGUAACACUGGUGUGAAUCUCGAGGUUACAAAUGUAGAAAGUAAUGCAGGUGUAGCUGGAAAAAGUGGAAGCGGUGAUGCUAGUAGCGGUGGUGGUGAUAGAGACCACCACAAAUCUGCACAAAGAGAAGCGGCGUUGACUAAGUUUCGCCAAAAGAGAGAUGCAAGAUGCUUCCAGAAAAAGGUGCGAUAUCAAAAUAGAAAGAAACUGGCAGAACAAAGACCACGUGUUAAAGGACAGUUCGUAAAGGGAACAAAUUGCAACAGUUCAACCAAUGCCUGACGAUGGCUAGUUUAUCAUGGAGGUCUUUGUACAGGUUGGUUGGUUGAUUUGUUGGUGUUUAUAUAUUUUAUUUGUUGUGAAGGUUUUAAAUACUCGAGAAACCAUAUUUGGUUCUACAAAAUUUGACUAUAACAUAAUAGCAGUUCAUAAGUUGGUUUAUUGGUAGAUAUUGAUAUUGAUACUUCAUGUAAGAUUCAAUUUACAGACUUUUUUUUUUAUUU